AUGUCUCGCCAGCUUAUUUCCAGCGAGAAGUUUCCUACCAAGCCUCACAACUGUCCUGCCACAAAGGUCCCAGGUCUUGUUUUCUGCGCCGGUCAGACUGCCACAGGAGAGAUCAAGCAGGCGACAAGAACGGUCCUGCAAAAUUUGAAGGAAGUCCUCGAGCUCUCUGGAUCCUCCUUGGAGCAAGUCGUUAAGUACAACGUCUACCUGGCCGACAUGAAAGACUUCGCCGCCAUGAAUGAAGUGUACAUCGAUUUCCUCCCCCAGCCUAUGCCCUCGCGCUCGUGCCUUCAGGCUGUUCCUCCCGGUGACGGCACUGUGAUUGAGAUUGAGUGCAUUGCUCAGGCUUGA